AUGGGAAUUUCGUACCUUAAAAGUCUUCCAUUAAUAUUGAUCUUCAUUCUCAUAACUGUCUCAGCGUGGUCCUCACCUAGUACUGCAGCUUCAAGUAAUUCUUCUAGUCAUAACGGCAGCUUCCAGCAAUGUUUUUCUUCCGGUUUCCAGCAUUCUUAUAAUUCUACUACCUCGGGAUCAAUGAUCUUCAGUAAGAAUAAUUCGGCUUAUGCCUCCCUCUUAAAAUCUUCCGUACGAAACCUAAGGUUAUUGAUCAACUCUUCCGAACCGCAAUUCAUCAUUUCUCCAUUUCAUGAUUCCCAUGUCCAAGCAGCCGUGAUUUGUUCCAAGAAACAUGGCAUGCAAGUAAGGGUUCGAAGUGGGGGACAUGACUACGAGGGCCUUUCCUAUGUGUCUGAUAUUGUUCCAUUCAUCAUCAUCGAUCUUGUCAAUCUUCGGUCUAUUAGCAUCAAUGUAGAAAAUGAGAGUGCAUCGGUGGAGUCCGGUGCAACCCUAGGAGAGUUGUACUACAAGAUUGCAGAGAAAAGUAACGCCUAUGGAUUCCCAGCAGGAAGCUGCCCCACAGUGGGCGUUGGGGGACACUUUAGCGGAGGUGGUUUCGGGACUCUAUUCAGAAAAUAUGGCCUUGCUGCUGAUAACGUUAUGGAUGCUAAGAUUGUCGAUGCUGAUGGUAAACUUCUAGACAGAAAAUCCAUGGGAGAAGAUCUUUUUUGGGCGAUCAGAGGUGGAGGAGGGUCGAGCUUUGGAGUCAUACUCGCAUGGAAAAUCAGGUUGGUCCCUGUUCCGCCGGUGGUGACUAUUUUUAAUGUCAAAAAGACAUUGGAACAAGGCGCAACCGAGCAUCUGCAAAAGUGGCAAGCCAUUGCCAGUAAGCUUCAUGAAGAUCUUUUCCUCCAUGCAGUUGUAGACGUUGCUAAUGCACCUUCAAAUGGCGGAUCAAAGACAAUUCAGAUUUCGUUCAUAUCUUUGUUUCUUGGGCCGGCUGAGAGACUCCUCCUUUUGAUGAAAGUUAGUUUUCCUGAGUUGGCUCUGGAGCGCAACAACUGCACUGAAAUGAGUUGGAUACAGUCUGUUCUUUAUUUUGCUGGCUUCCCAAGCAGGAGUCCCUUGCGAGUUUUGCUUGAUAGAAGCCCACAGUCGAAGAGUUUCUUCAAAGCAAAAUCAGACUACGUGAAGGAAUCUAUUUCGAAAGCUGGGUUGGAAGGGUUGUGGCAAAGACUAAUGGAGGAACAGACAUCCUUGCUGAUCUUGACACCUUAUGGUGGAAAGAUGAGUGAUAUUUCUGAUUCAGAAACGCCUUUCCCACACAGAAGUGGAAAUUUAUAUCAAAUCCAAUAUUUAGUCACUUGGGAUUCCGACAAUGAAACACAGCAACACAUCGGGUGGAUGAGAACUCUUUAUGCGUACAUGGCACCUUAUGUUUCCAAGUCUCCAAGAGCAGCCUACCUGAACUAUAGGGAUCUUGACUUGGGGCAAAACGAUAACAACAAUGCAAGCUAUGCACAAGCAAGUACUUGGGGUUUGAAGUAUUUUAAGAACAACUUCAAGAGACUAGUUCAUGUAAAAACCGUCGUUGAUCCUAGUAAUUUCUUUAGGAAUGAGCAAAGCAUCCCGGUGUUUCCAUCUUGA